GAAGAACAAAAAAAAACCCCACAUUUUAGCCAAUAUUUGGACACGAAACAGAAGGUUAAUUAAAUCAUAAUACUUCCAAAGUCGGGAAAAAUGACCUAUUUGGUUUUCUUAUUGCCUUCAUUCGUGACGUCGUCUUGCAACGCAUCAUAAUAUCAUGACGUCACAAACGUUGCGAGUUAUUAUCGUUGUCUAACAACACCAAAACAAACGCUCUUGUUGGAACCUUGUCUAAAAAGUUUGAUUGAUUUGUAAAUAUGGAGAAGGUUGGAUUCGAGACUCGAUUGCGUUCACUUCUGAUGGAAUACGUGUCCACCACAAACACACGGACAAUGACUCCCGUGACAAAACACAUCCUGCAGCUAUUGAUGUUUCUGUACGGAGAAGAGAGUUUCAGGGAAACUGGUGGAUUCUCUUAUUCUAAGAACAAAAAUGUUGCUGACCUUCAGAAGAAGUACGUUCUGUAUGGCUAUCUGUUCAUGGAGGCAUUGAAGAAAAACACGAUAACUGAGACAGACUUGACCACACUCCAGAGAAUGUGGGGGCAGCAUCUCCUGUCCCUGGUCAACAGCGAACUGGUAAAGACAGCUGAGAAAUACGAGAGAAUUCUUCAUGACAGCGGGGAGACAGUUUUUAACAUCAAACGAUUUCAGCGACAUCUAGAGAUAAUGAAAACCAGUGAUCCAAAUGCAGAGGACAGAACGAAAUCCAAAAGUCACGUGACAAAAUUUGGAGUUGGCCCGUUUUGCUUCCGAAGACCCAGAUUUCUUGAGAGACUCACAGUGUCACUGAAGAAUAAGUUUGGCCGAGGAGAUCCGAGAGAUUUCUUGAUGCUGAAGUUCCAAGACAUUCAGUAAAUUAUGUGGCGUUUUAGUCACCUGGCUAUUGAUCUUACUUGUGGCGUUUAAUUAAGUCACGUUGCUGUUGAACUUUUAAUACGGAUUUUCGUUGUGGCGUUUUAGUCACCUGUCUAUGGAUCUUUGCUGUGGCGUUAUAGUCACCUGGCUAUUGAACUUUGUUUUCGUGUAUGGAUUAUUCGUUGUGGCGUUUUAGUCACCUGACUUGGUCUAUGGAUUAUUGUUGUGGCGUUCUAGUCACAUGACUAUAUGGAUUUUUGUUGUGGCGUUUUAGUCAUUUG